GUAGCGGACAUAUUGACACGUCAUUAGAAAUUGGCGGUUGUAACGAAACUUAAUCCAUCUUCUUCCCUAACGAGUAACAAACAGUAUCAUUUUAUUCAGUUAUUCCUGUGACAUUAAUCACUAGCACCAAAACAAUGAAAGCAGCAACUGCAUCGAUCAUCGGAGGAGGUAACGUCCUCUGUUCUCAUCGGUUAAAUCUCUCCGGCAACCAUCAAUUAAUCUCUUUCAAUCCGCUUUCAUCGCUCAAUCUCCGACGUAGCUCAAACUACCUCACUAUUCAGGAUCAGUUGCCGCCUAAAAGUAACCUUAAGUUUAAGUUUGUUAUCGCUAAAGCAGCUGAUUCGUCUCAGGCUGUUCCUGCUGCCCCUACCGGUGGCAAAUCGAUAGUUGAAGACGAUGAGUUUUCGCUCGCAAAGAUCUCUUUUGGUGUUAUUGGACUUGGUGUUGGAUUAUCGCUCCUAUCUUAUGGUUUUGGGGCAUACUUCAAUAUUCUCCCUGGAUCUGAAUGGUCUGCGUUGAUGUUAACAUAUGGAUUUCCUUUGUCGAUUAUUGGGAUGGCUCUUAAGUAUGCAGAACUCAAACCAGUACCAUGUUUGACAUACGCUGAUGCUCAGAAUUUAAGAGAAAAAUGUGCAACUCCAAUCCUUAAGCAGGUUAGAGAUGAUGUUAUCAGAUACCGAUAUGGGGAUGAGCAACAUUUGGAUGAGGCUUUAAAACGUAUAUUCCAGUAUGGCCUGGGUGGAGGUGUAGCAAGAAGAAAUGCUCCGGUGUUGCAAAAAAUUCGUGAAGAAGUUACCGAAGAUGGUAAAUACUGCUUAGUGUUGGUGUUUGAGGCAAAAGCACUUGAGUUGGCUGAUUUUGAGAAGAGACAGGAAAAAUUUGCUUCCUUUUUUGGCCCGGGAAUCACAGCCAAAGUUGGGAAAGGAGAAGAAGAGAACAUGUAUGAUGUAAGCCUAAUUUCCAACACAACACUGUAAUUACUCACAGCUACUUGCAUCCACUUUGUACCUCCUUAGAACUAGAUUUUCCAUAGCAUCGGAAAACAUUGUAUUAUUAAUCAUAUAACAGAAUCAAUAUAUUUCCAUUCAUGUCA